AUGUCUGCUCCGCUGUCCCCCCGUUAUCUUACCCAGCCCGAGUACUCUGCCAAGGUCCUCGUUCGUGGCACACCGGACUACGAACGAUGCCGCCGCAACAAUCCCACUGCUGAUACCCCAUCCCGGUUCCCACGAGAAAUCCACGUCGUGGAGGGAUCGCAGGAUGUAGCAACAGCCCUCAAGCGAGCAACCGAGUUGGGGGCCAAGGUUGGAAUUCGCUCUUCUGGCCAUAUUAUGAAUAUGCCCAAUCUCAUCGAAGAAGGCAUCCUCAUUGACACGGUGAACCUGAACCGACAAAUCGACUACGAUCCCAUUACGCAGGAGAUUUCCUUUGGUCCCUCCUGUCGGGUAGAGGAGCUUGCAGCCAGGCUCAAAGAGGUGAACAGAUUCUUUCCUCACGGCCAUGCCCCCACUGUCGGCUCGGGUGGCUUCCUCCUCGCCGGCGGUCAAGGCUGGUUUGUCCGCGGAUGGGGUGCCACCAUUCAGACAUGGAUUACAAAGAUUGAAAUCGUUGUUCCUGAUGGCCGGACUGUUAUUGCCAGUCGAACUGAGAACAGAGACUUGUUCUGGGCUGCUCGAGGCAGCGGACUUGGCUUUUUUGGUGUUGUUACCCGCUUCUGGGGAAGGACAAUCAAGGCCUCGAUCAUGUGGGAGAGAAUACUCAAGUUCGAGAUCAACAGCGAAAAUUACAUGACUGUUAUGUCAUGGGCCAUUGAGCGUGGCCGCGACACUCCCAAGUAUGGCACAGACCUCAAUCUCACGAUCGACUACCCCGAGAAGUUCGAUCCCGCCUAUACUACCGACGCCGUCCCGCCGAAUGGAAAGCUCCACAUGACUCUCAACUUGCUCUGUUACUCGGACAACAUCAGGGAGGCAAGGACGCUUCUCAGCGCCUACGACAAGCUCACUCCCGAGGUGCAAGAGCAUUUGCUCAAGCUGGAACCUGUGCAGAAGAGGACGUUCGAGGAGGUUUUCGCGCGCAAGCGUGGCUUCUUGGGCAAUGCCAAGCAGGACCGCUGGCAGAUUAACAGCAUCAUGAACGACCCUGAUGUGCCCCUCGAGCGCCUACUUGAAGCCGUUAAACCCGCCAUGCUCGAGCUCCCUACCAGAACCUCGUCUGUGUUCCUUUGCCACUGUGACAUCAUACCCGAUGAAGAAGAUACCUGCCUUAGUCUGCCCCAGGACCUGUACAUCUCUACCAUCACUGGGUGGACAGAUCCUCAACUCGAGCCGGCCAUCUACCAGCCUAUGCGUGAUCGCUACAGGCGUGCAUUUCCGGUGGCGGUGGGUCAGUACAUCACCGAGAUAGACGUCAAUAACGACGACGCCAACUGCAAAGUCUUGAGCGACACAGCUUUGGCCAAGUUUCUUCAGAUCCGAGCAAAAUGGGAUCCCAACGAGCUGUUCCCCAACUAUAAAGCGUUUGUUCGGGCCCAUGACAAGAUCAACCGCCUACAAAGUCGAUCCCAGCUGUAA